AUGCGGGUGCUCGUCCUGAUGCUCGCGCUCGGCCUUGCGAUCGAAGCUCAUCAAUACUAUCCUCGACACUACUUCAUCACAGCGGACUGCUACUCGAAGAAUGCCAAUACAAAGAUCGCUCGACUCGACUCGGGCGAGUUCAGCAUGGAAGUCACUGUCCCCGAACACCUCGAACGACCGUCUACAGACGUCUUCUCGCACAACGUUCGCUCGAGCAAGGUCAAUCAGCUCCUCAUGUUCCCUCCGCUCUUUGCAUGGCAGAUGCGACUCGAGCUAGCUGCAGAGACGAUCGACAAGUGGGGAAGCCGUUGUUGCUCAAAGACCGCCAAUAUCACCUUGGACAUCAGUCUUGGGCAAUCGACUUGGCUUGCGAGCGACCCCAAUAUCUUCGAGCCCAUACUCAAGUGUAAGAAAUGGGGAGUGUCAUGUAUCUGGCCCAGCGAACUACGACAAUGCUAUAUUCGCAAGAUGAUGCAGGGCUCGACCUUCGAUCGCAACAUGACACGCGUCGAGAAACGUCAAUCGACCGAGUCUUUCUUUGCUCUUGACCGCUCGAAGAUGUCACGAGCGACUCGAGCCAGCAAGACCAGCCCGAGUAAGCUCGCACCACGGUCGGCAAUCGACGCCGACGGCAAUGAUCGCACGCCGCUCGAUGUGGCGGAAGUGCCGGACACUGCAAUGCAUGGCGUCGACGGGAGCGAGGAUGCACCUGCUCUGCCGGCUGCUCAGAUCCACACAGACUUGGAUCAUGAUCCUAUCGUCAAAAGUCUGCCAGUCUAUCUUGUGCCCAACUUGGCAAGCAAAUUGGCCUUACUACAAUAUCCUCACAAGCCUGCCCGAGUAGGCGGCAAACCAGCCCACAAGCAGCCGCUUCUCCCGCCUUGCUACCGAGAGCUCACCGAUGUACCCAAGACCUAUGCGCGCUACAAGCCACGGUCGGGUCAAUUGGAGUUGUCCAUACCGCUCGAGGGCAAGAAUGGCCAGAAAUACGAGAGGUUCGAUCGGGAAAAGGCGGAAAAGUAUGCAAAGGGUGAGGAGAACAGCAAAGAUCGCUUCAUGGCUGCUCAGGCUGCCGAUGAGCCCGAUCAGCAUCUCCUCCAGCGAACGAGCAUGAAGGGUGAUAUCAACCCAGAUCAGACUCAGUACUUCGUCGCAGCUAUCACCAAUGAUGAGAUCCAUCUGACGCCCCUUUGCUCUACCCUCCAGAUGCGCGUCAAUCCUGCCUACAUAGAACCUCACGACGACGAUCGCACACGGAGAGGCAAGAAGCGGGCCGAUACAGACGGCGAGUCAUCAGAAGAGGACGAUCUGACCAGCCGGCCGAAAGCAAAUGGAAAGGAAAGAGCGCAAGAGCAGCCCAGAGCGGUUCAGAUGAGCGUCGUGGCAGAUGAGAACGCUGCGCCUACUGGUCCUCGCGGAUUCGUCGCGCCUACCCGUUCCAAUCCUUCCCUGUUCGCGCCACUCCGGGCGGCAGAAGCCGAAGACUGGGAGGAGCUCGCUUACUACGAUCAAAUGCAUGAUGAGACCGAUAACGUCUACAAGCAACUCUGGGCAACGAACGCCGUGGAACUCGUCAGCGACUCGCGCACGCUUCAGCAUCUUUUCUAG